AGAUAACAACAGACAGCAAACCGAUAAAAGGAGAAAUCAGAAUGAAGUCCAUUUAUCAAUUAUCGAUGAAUCUUCGACGUUGUCUUUAGCAAUUGAAUGAAGUUAGCGACUCAUGUAAGAAGGCAAGAGAAUAUGGUUUGUGAAUCGUCAAAAUGUUUGUUCGAGGAGAAAUUUCCGGUUCAAAGUGUGUUCACCAUCGACAGCUCAUUGAUCAUCCGGCUAAUGAAACAUGACUUUUGCACCACAGCACUUAAUAUUGAUGAAGAAUUUCAUCGGAAUGGCUUCACUUCACCGGAAAAUUUGGAAGCACAGUAAAUGGAGAAAAGUGGAAAAUGGGAAACCAUUGUGAUAGUUAGUGGAUGAAAAAUAAAAGAAAAUCAGUGAAAGAUAAAAAGUUUAAAUUAAAGAUAACAGACAGAAGACGAAAUAGAGACACAAAGUGAGAGGAAAGACGAAAAAGUAAGAAAAUUAUCUGUGGUUGAACGGAACGAAUAAGAAAUUAAAACUUCAUUCAGAUCACGUUUCACUUUUUGUUGAAUUUAAAUAAAAAGCUUUUCGUUCUUUAUGUUGAAUUAAGUUUCAUUGCAUUCCUUGCUAUCCCAUCAAGGAAUUGUUAUUACCAACAGUGUUUUGUGCAUAAAACGAUUCUUCAUAAAUACUGGAAGUGAAAUUCAAGCUAAAUCAAAUCAGAAAUCAAGCAGUUUUUGUUUCUCUUUCAAAAAUCAACUAAAGUUUGUUUAUUUACCAACUAAAGACAAUUCUCGCUUCAUUUUGUUUAUUCAUGCUAAGUGUAGCUCUUGGCUUGCUAACAAAGCACAUCAGAAACUGUUUUAGUUUGUAAAAACAUCAUAAAAAGAAAAUUUUGACAGCGGAAAGUUUCUUGAAAAUUUAUUAAGUGUGAAAAAAAAGAAGAGAUUAAGGAAGUGAAUAUUGUGAAAGAGACUUCAAGGAAACGGAACUUGUUGUUCUAAUCUGACGAGCUUUGAUUGAAAGGCGGAAAAGAAGAAAAGAAAAUAACAGAAAAAAAAGUUUUUCAUGUUAAAUUGAGCUGUCAGAGAGUGAAAAGAAAAAAAAGAAUCGUGUGAGAGAAAUUUGACCUCCUACACGUCAUGGCUACUCACAAUCAUCACACAGAACGCAUACCUAUGUUGAUGAAAAGUUCAACAUCAAAUGAAAGCUUGUUAUCGCAGCUUCCAUCACAGCAGCAUAAAAAUUAUGUGAUGUCAAAUGGUAAUAACAUAAAUGGAAUCAUCAGCAACAAUUAUGCGAUCAACAACAGUCAUUUCAUCACGAGAUGCUUUUGUCAUGUGAUGAAAAGCGUUCAAAGAAAUAUUCAAAAAUGCGUUGCUGCACUCGUUCUAAUUUCCUUCUUCAGCAUAAUUUUCUUUACACAAUACAUGGAUAGUCCAGCACUUGUUGGAUUAAUUCGUCGUGAUACAAAGCCAAUGCCAUUAAUUCAUUGUCAAACAUUGAAUAAAUCACCGUCGGAUUCAUCAAACACACAUGACCAUAGGUCAGAGGCGAGAUUGAGAAUUGAUCCGAAGGUUCUUGUUUUCGUUGAGACGACAUACAGCAAAUUGGGACGGGAGAUAGCUGAAGAGCUCGUUUAUAAUAGAAUCAAAUAUAAGGUUGAGGUUGCCGGUAAAAGUUUGCCGGUACUGACAAAUCUUGAUAAAGGUCGCUAUGGUGUGAUUGUGUUCGAGAAUCUCGACAAAUAUUUAACGAUGGAUAAAUGGAAUCGAGAGCUGUUGGAUAAAUAUUGUCGAGAAUAUUCAGUUGGCAUUGUUGGAUUUAUGAGUCCCAGUGAAGAGACUUUAGUUGGAGCUCAAUUGAAGGGCUUUCCACUUUUCAUUCAUACUAAUUUACGUCUACGUGAUGCCAGUUUGAAUCCUUCAUCGCCUGUAUUAAGACUGACGAGAGCGGGUGACACAGCGUGGGGUGCUUUACCUGGAAGUGAUUGGGCGGUUUUUCAACACAACGAUUCCACUUAUGAACCUCUCGAGUUUGCACAAAAAAAUACUCUUGACUAUCCCACUGAUGGUAUUCAACCGCCAUUAACAACCGUUCUUCAAGAUCAUGGAAAGUUGGACGGAAUUCAAAGAAUUUUCUUCGGUGCUGGUCUGAAAUUUUGGCUUCAUCGACUCCUCUUUCUCGAUGCACUUUCCUAUCUUAGUCAUGGUCAAUUAAGUGUAAGCCUCAAUCGAAUGAUUCUCGUUGAUAUUGAUGACAUUUUUGUUGGCGAACGUGGAACGAGACUUAAGCCAGACGAUGUUCAUGCACUUAUAGCGACACAAAAGCGUAUCGGUGAUUUAGUGCCCGGAUUUCGUUUUAAUCUCGGCUUUUCCGGGAAAUAUUUUCACCAUGGAACUAAAGAGGAGAAUCUAGGUGAUGAUAUGUUACUUCGUAACACCGACAAGUUCACUUGGUUUAGUCACAUGUGGAAUCAUCAACAACCGCAUUUAUAUGACAACUUAACACUUCUCAUGAAUGAUAUGAUUCUCAAUAAGGAUUUUGCAAUUGCAAGAGGCAUUCCAUUAGACUCAGGAUAUUCUGUAUCACCUCAUCAUAGCGGCGUUUAUCCCGCCCACGAGUUACUUUAUCAAGCAUGGAAGAAAGUUUGGAACAUAAAAGUUACAUCGACUGAAGAAUAUCCACAUUUACGACCAGCCCGUCUUCGUCGCGGCUUUAUACACCGCAACAUCAUGGUGCUGCCUCGACAAACUUGUGGUUUAUUUACACACACAAUGUACAUUGAUCGUUAUCCUGGUGGACGAGAUAAAUUAGAUGAAUCGAUUCAAGGUGGUGAACUGUUCCAAACAAUCGUCUACAAUCCUAUUAACAUUUUCAUGACUCAUAUGUCGAACUAUGGCAGUGAUCGAUUAGCUCUUUACACGUUCGAAUCUGUAAUAAAGUUCUUAAGAUGUUGGACAAAUAUAAAACUUACGUCGGCACCGCCACUUCAGCUUGGCGAACAGUAUUUCAAGUUGCACCCGGAAGAAAGUGAUCCAAUAUGGGGAAAUCCAUGCGAAGACGAACGGCACAAAAAGAUCUGGUCACGUAACAAAAGCUGCAAUGUACUUCCUUCUCUUCCAAAGUUUCUGGUCAUCGGACCACAAAAAACCGGCACGACAGCACUUUACACUUUCUUAAGCAUGCAUCCAAGUGUUGCAAGUAAUCUUCCCAGUCCCGACACAUUUGAAGAGAUUCAAUUCUUUAAUGGAAAUAAUUAUUAUCGUGGCCUUGAUUGGUACAUGAGUUUCUUUCCUUCAAAUAAUGCCACAUUGACUAACAAUGUCAUUCAAUCGUCAUCUAAUCCGCGAUAUUUCUUUGAGAAAUCAGCGACGUAUUUCGAUGGUGAAUUGGUGCCAAAGAGAGCCCAUCAAUUGUUGCCUAGUGCUAAGCUUGUAGUAAUUUUAAUUUCGCCAGCAAAACGUGCUUAUAGUUGGUAUCAGCACGUGCGAGCACAUGGCGACAUCAUAGCGAAUAAUUAUAGUUUUUAUCAGGUGAUUACUGCCAGUGAUUCAGCGCCAAAGCCAUUACGUGACUUGAGGAAUCGUUGCUUGAAUCCUGGGAAAUAUGCGCAACAUCUCGAAAAGUGGCUUGCAUUCUAUGCAAAUCAGCAGCUUCAUAUCAUUGACGGUGAACAGUUGAAGUUAAAUCCGGCUGAAGUCAUGAACGAUCUUCAACGCUUUCUUAAAAUCACUCCCAUCAUGGAUUAUUCAAGUCAUCUACGGUACGAUCCAAAGAAAGGAUUUUUCUGUCAAGUUAUUAACGAAACGAGAAGCAAAUGUCUGGGAAAGUCGAAAGGUCGGAAUUAUCCUCCGAUGGAUGAGAAAAGCAUGAAAAUUCUGCAGAGAUAUUAUUUGAGUCACAACACGGCAUUGGUUAAGCUUCUGAAGAAGCUUGGUUCACGUCCCAUUCCACUUUGGCUGAAAAAUGAACUUUCGACAACGACAUAAGAUGAUGGGACGAGAUGACAAAACGACGAAGGAAGUUACUCGAGAGACUUUAAACGAAAAAUGCGAAGAAUGAAUAGAAUGUCGCUAAUGGACAUCAACAGAGAGAAAGAAGAAAAAAAACAAACAACAUAAUGUCACAUUGAAGUUCAAAAGCGAAGGAAUUGAGAUCGUUAUCACAUCGCUUGUUAGUCAGUAAGCAAAUUCUCUUCUUCUCGUUUCAUUAAUUCUUUGUAUCAAUGACAAAAAACAAAAACAACGUCGUUUAACGUUAAAUUAAGUUUCAAUCGAUUUGUUUAUCAGUUGAAAAUCAAAACAAACUGAAACCAAUCAAGGAUUUAUAAUGUAAAUUAAUGUGAAUCUAAUGAAUACUUUCUUAGUUAAUUAUCUAUGUAAAUAAUCCCUCCCUAAAAAAAAAGAAACUUUUAAGCUUUAAUUUAAAAAGAAAUGUAAUUUUAUUUAAUUCUUUUUUCUCUCUCUUUGAACGAACCUUGGGAUUGAAACAAAACAAAAAAAAAGAAAAAAAGAUAAGAAAAAAAAGGCAGCGAAGAAAAGGAAAUUAAUUUGAAGCUUAGCAAUAUUAAACGUCCCUGCUUAAAGCUUUAUGCUUUAGGAACAUCAUAAUAGUUGAGCGUAUGAAUGUGUGUGUGUUUGAAUAUGUCGCUAAUGUUGCGUCAUCAAUUAAUCCAAUUAAGUCGACAUCAUCAGAUUGCGGAACCUUAACCGGGUCCCAAAAUGAAUCGUAAAUCACGUAAGCAAUUUCACAAUCAAAAGAAGAGUUUUUAAAUGUAUUGUGCAUAGAAAGAGAGAAGAAGGCAAUUAAGACGUUUGACGUUUCUGCUCUCUCAUCAAAUGAAAUCAAAAGAAAUUUAAUUUAUUAACGCUUCUAACAAAAAAUAUGUUUUUAUUCCACAUACAUGUAUAAAAUAUAUUUUGCAAUAUGACAUUCGAAAAGCAUGAUUGACAAGGGAAGUCGAUCAAUUACAAGACGACUUGAUUCGUGUACUUAAGUUACUCAAUGAUUCAUUUAUAAUUAAGACUUUUUUAUCAAUUUACGUUCUAUGCCAUUUAUUUAAAUUUCUCAUUCUAUGUAAAUCAAAUUGAUUUUGAUUUAACAUCCGCAAUAUAUUCAAAUAAAAAUCAAGACAGAAAGAGAGCCUUAAUUUAUUUAAAAGUUACGCAAAUUGAAACGACAAGCCCCACGCUAAGGCUUCAAUAAUAGAAUUUCAAAGCUUGACAGCGUUGGCAGAAUUUCAAUAUAAAUAAUAAUAAAACAUAUCGUGUUAUGAAAGAAUGAAUGAACUUCUCACCGCACCCGAAGACAACUCAACGCAGCUACCUGGAUUGUUGAUAGGGUGUGACUUCUGUUGACAGAAAGAUGUCAUAAUAGAAGAGAUAAAAGCAAAAAAGGAAAUCAAAUUUUCCAUGUAAUGAAAAUUCAAUUAAGUGUAGAAGAAAAUUCUGUUUUCUUUCGUUUUUACUCUAAGUACAUUAAAAUAAAUUUUCAUCGUUCAUAUCGAACAAAAUCUAAUUGUCAUGUGAAAAAAAAAGUAAAUUAAAAUAUUGUUAUUGAUAUCGAACCAGAUUGUCAAACGUGAAUCUGAUGGUUCGAAAAUGAGAAGAGCUUGAAGAGAUGUGGGGGUGAAGGGAACAGGCGAGUGCUAGAUUGAUCAAAAAGAGAUUCAAAAUCUAAUUAAAUUUAAGCAGUAGCAGAAUGAAGAUGGAAGCAAGUGAAUGAAUCUUCUUUAGUGUCAUUUACACAAGCUUCGGGUAGAUGUGAAUGAUGAAAUUAAUUAAAGUAAAUAUUUUUGUGCCAUUAGUAAAGCAUCUGGAGGGUGGAACAGACAGAGUGUAACAUUACGUAUUAUUGCUGGUAAUUUUUCUUACUAAGCAUUCAAAAUGCUUCUCUUUUUUUUGUUGUUUUGUUUUCUAUGACAACAACAACAAACAGGAUUUUCAUUUUAUCUCUCCCUUUCCCCUCCCUCGCCCCAUCUCAAAAGUCUUUUUUCUCAUAAAAGUGAAUGUUUCAUAUUCCAAUUAACAACAUUUUUGUCGUUGCGUUAGGUUUAAGAAAAAGGAGAAAAUAAAAUAUUGAAAUGAACAUUACGUAGGACAAUGAAGGAAGGAAAAAAUAAUUAUGUUCGUUCGUUCGUAUGUAAGAAAGAGAAAAUUUACAUCCUGUAAGACAAUAAAGAGAAGAAAUUCAAAACUUAUCAAAGG